GAGGAGGGAAAGCGGCGAGUAAGAUGGAAGAUGAGGAGGUCGCUGAGAGCUGGGAGGAGGCGGCAGACAGCGGGGAAAUAGACAGACGGUUGGAAAAAAAACUGAAGAUCACACAAAAGGAGAGCAGGAAAUCCAAAUCUCCUCCCAAAGUGCCCAUUGUGAUUCAAGACGAUAGCCUUCCCACGGGGCCCCCUCCACAGAUCCGCAUCCUCAAGAGGCCCACCAGCAACGGUGUGGUCAGCAGCCCCAACUCCACCAGCAGGCCAGCCCUUCCUGUCAAGUCCCUAGCACAGCGGGAGGCAGAGUACGCAGAGGCCCGGAGACGGAUCCUGGGCAGUGCCAGCCCUGAGGAGGAGCAGGAGAAACCUAUCCUUGACAGGCCAACCAGGAUCUCCCAACCCGAAGACAGCAGGCAGCCCAGUAAUGUGAUCAGACAGCCUUUGGGUCCUGAUGGGUCACAAGGCUUCAAACAUCGCAGAUAAAUGCAGGCAAGAAAGGAUGCUGCUGCCACCGCUGCCGCCACCGUCGCCUCCUGGAUUGUCUGCCAUGGGUCGCACUGCCGUGGCAGACAUCUGGACUUGAGCAGAGGGAACGACCUGACUUACUUGCACUGUGAUCCCCCUUGCUCCGCCCACUGUGACCUUGAACCCCAUGCACUGUGACCUCUGCCUCCCCCCCUUCCCACUGUGAUUGGCAUGUUGACAAGGGCUGUCCCAAGUCAAUAGAAAGGGAAAGGGUGGGGACUAGGGGAGGAUUGGGGGAACCCACCAAGGACUCAGAGUUGAGGGUCAGACAGUGCCACUUGGGGUCCAGCCAGUGCCAGCAAUAACAGUUUAUCAUGCUCAUUAAUUUGGGAUUUCAAAACACAAAUGAGAACUUCCCCCACCCACCCCAAGUGCAUGUCGCCAUCACUUAAAAGUAAGUUCCAUUGAAAAUAUCCUUUCCUUUUUUUUUUUCUUCCUAUUUUUGUUUGUUUAUACAAAUAUCUGAUUUGCAAGAAAAAGUGCAUGGAAAGA